AAUAUUAAUGAGCACGCCUCCGCCAUAGUAGGCUAGUCGAGGGCGCUGAACCGAGCAGCCUGAUUUAUAUCUCCAUGGCUGCUCUUUUAGUUGCAAAAUGCUGCAGUAUCUUCGUGUGUUGUUCGUCUGCACGCCAUUAGUCUUCUUCUCAGGGCUCUACAUAUCUAAUCAGCCGGUGUCGUCACUGGAGAGCGCGAAUCAACAGGCGCGAGCGCAGCGGACACGCGCGCACGAUGACAUGUGUAACUCGGACCCGGUCUCUCGCUGGACGCCGUACGGGACACUCCCGGCUCCGGUGUGCCGAAGACCCUGCCGAACGGACACGGCUCCUAGGUGGGGUGGGGACCCGGUGGGGCUGGCGGUGGUGGCCUGUGGGCCUCGUCUGGAGGAGACGCUGACGAUGCUGAAGUCCGCCGUGCUCUUCAGCCGCAGAGAUCUGCACUUCCACAUCUUCGCAGAGGACGAGCUGCAUGCCGGCUUCACACACGCCCUGGAGUCGUGGCCCCGCAGGUUUGGCUCCAGGUUCCUCUACAGUGUGUAUCCCAUCAGUUUCCCCAGUGAGAACGCCAGAGAGUGGAAGCGGCUCUUCAAGCCCUGCGCUGCUCAGAGACUCUUCAUCCCUCUGAUCCUGCAGCAUGUGGACUCUGUGCUGUACGUGGACACGGAUGUGCUGUUCCUGCGCGCGGUGGAGGACGUGUGGCGGCUCCUGGCGGAGUUCAACGGGACCCAUGUGGCGGCGAUGGCCCCCGAACACGAGGAGCCGCGCAUCGGCUGGUACAACCGCUUCUCCCGCCACCCGUACCACGGCCACACCGGCCUCAACUCCGGCGUCAUGCUCAUGAACAUGACACGCAUCAGACACACGCUCUUCAAGAAUGAUGUAGCAGCGGUGAGUCUGAGGUGGGCUGAUCUACUGAUGCCGCUGCUCAACAAAUACAAGCUCAACAUCACCUGGGGAGACCAAGACCUGCUCAACAUCAUAUUCCACUAUAACCCAGAGACUGUACUGGUUUUCCCGUGCCACUGGAACUACCGGCCCGAUCACUGCAUCUACGGCAGCAACUGCCCCCCCGCCGAACGCCACGGCGCUUACAUUCUCCACGGCAACCGCGGCGCUUACCAUGACGACCGGCAGCCGGCGUUCAGAGCCGUUUAUGACGUCAUCCAGCAGUUUGUGUUUGAUGAAGACCCCGAGCGCGGUCUCCUCGUCCCGCUGGAGCAGAAGUUGAGGAGCGCUGAACACACGUACUGUGGCCGAGUCCCACACGUCUUCACCAAACGCCUGCGCCAGAGCGUCCGAGAGCUGCACACACUCUGAACACACACACACACACACACACACACACACACUCCAGGCUUGAGCUUCGUUAUUAAUGUAGAUCAGACUCACAUCUCUCUGAUGAAUCACACAUAUUAUCCAGACCAUCAGCUGCUGACAAUCAGUGUUCACACACACACACACACACACACACACACACACACACACACACACACACACACACUGAGCUCAUAUUAGUGUUCAUAUAUCAGCAGAAUGAGUCUCACGGGACAUAAACUGAUUCCAUUAUAAGUUAGACUUCUGAUUAUUAUUUGACUUCUUCAUAACCCUCGUGCUCCAGACGUUCUUCAGAAUAGUAAACACGAUUAUCAAUGUGAAAAUCAAUUCAACAAUCAAAGGUUGGUUCAUGUGCAUUAUAAUUGUUCUUUAUAACGCAUGUCUGAAAUUAUAAACGGGGGAUUUUAUGAUUGUUUGUGAUGCUCAAUACCACUGGAAAAUUAUUUUAUGUUUUAUAGUUAUGCAAAUUAUUAUUUGAGGUUAUUUUUUGACAACUUUUGCAAUUUAGACCCACAAUAUAAAUAAAUGAAAAUAAACUCUUACGCAAUAAACUUCUACUGUUUAAUAUUACAUUAAAAAUACUGAUAUAUAUAUAGCAGUAUUUUUUAAUCAGAAUAAAUUAAACUAUUUUAAUCAGUUUAAAUGAAAGGUUUAGUUAGAUUUAUGUUUAAUCAUUCAGGUUUUUUGUAUGUAAUAUUAUAUUAAGUACUGUGUAACAUGUGCUCUGGUGUGUUAUGAGAAUUAAUUUAAAUGUAGAGAUUUGUAAGAACUAUAUUGAAGUUGAAGAUAUAUUUGUAAAUGUCAGGUUGAUAUCGGUAUGGUCUCAAACAUCAGAUGAGUCUUCAGUUCCCACAUCUGAAUGAAACAGUAUAUUUUUGUAAUAAAAGUAAUUUCUCUCUGA